UUUUCUCUGGUGACUAGCUCGCAUCAAUAGAUCUUCUAAUGUACACCCAGUCAGCCAGCAGCUUCGCGACUGAUGGGACUUCACCGUGCUCAUUCAUUUCAUUAUUGUUACCCCGGCAUGAGGAGAAUGGAGAAAAGGACCGUGCAGCAUGAGGAAUGUCACACGUGACCGUCGAUGUGGGACAUUGGACUUGGAAGCGGGUUGGUGUCAAAGUGAAACACGUGUGUUGGGGACGUCCAGUCCGCAGCUACUGAUGCACCCGGAUGAAGUUCGACGAAACAUGGCUUCCACUCCACCGCACAAUUUCUCCUGGGUCGAUGCAGACAAAGUGGCCGGACUGGCGCUGCCCAGGAGGACCUCCGAUUACCAGUACCUGCUGGACAGCGGCAUCAAACACCUGGUGUGUCUCUGCGAGAGGACGCCGCCGGGCUACGACUCGUGCCCGCAGUUACAGCUGCACCACAUCGACAUAGUGGACUUCAGCCCUCCGUCACCUGCUCAGAUCGAUCGAUUCCUUUCCAUCGUGGAAGAGGCCAACUCCAAGGGAGAGGGUGUGGGAGUCCACUGCAUGCACGGGCACGGGAGGACAGGGACCAUGCUGGCCUGCUACCUGGUGAAGACCAGAAAGAUAUCGGGGAUGGAUGCCAUCAGCGAGAUCCGCCGUCUGCGGGAAGGCUCCAUCGAAACCAGCGAGCAAGAGAAAGCUGUGCUGCUUUUUUAUCAGCGCAAUUUUUGCAAUUAACAAGUGGAACGACUUAAUUUCUAAAUAAACCAUUUGUUAUCCAUGAUACAUAAGCAUUUAAUUAAUGUUUAAACUGGUGACAAAACAUUUAAAUUGACAGGAAAAUAAUAUUGAACCCAGUAUUGACGUCACACUCCGGAGGCCCGUGGGACAUUUGACAAACAUUUGUUCAGUAAAUGCAUCAUCAUACUGUCUUUUUGCUUGGUACACGAUUACUUUUGUUUAUAUAGACAUGCUCCGUCCCAGCUUAACAAAUCUGUAAACACAUCUUGCACAUUCAUUCAUGCACUGGAGGCCGGAGAGAAGAGACGCUGGCGCUCCUUGAAUGUGAGCUUUUCAGGAGCUGACGCCCUCCUGGUUUUCUCCUGCGGCUUUCUGUAAAUGAACAAUAAUAUCAGCCCGAACACCAGUUGGUUUCAAAGCUGCUUGUUCUGACUGAAUUUCAAUUAGACUCACUUGUCUGAUGGCAUGUUGUUGGAGUCUUGACUAUGUCCGCUCUGUCUUUGAUCUGCCAAAUCAUGGAAAUAUUGUACUGAACAAUAAAACAAGAAGUCGGAUGAGC